GCCUAAGAAGUCUUCCGGAAGAUGACCGAGUCCCGGGGCCGCUUGCCAGUCCACCUCCAAGGAAGCAGCGAAGGAGCUGCAGGGUCAAGACUAUGGCAUUCCAGGAUGACUUGGAGAAAACGUGCAAGAGAAGUACAAGAAAAGAAGGUGUUGGGGAGUGCGGUCAACCCCGUGCUGCGCGAGGAGCUGCCUCGAGCGUGAAGAACUAUGCCAAGAAGCAUCCGCGCAGGACCUGGGAUGGGCGCUUGGACUGCGGACUUCAAGGGGACUACUUCGGUAGUGAGCAGUCGGUGACGCUCUCACACCAUUAG